GCUCUUUAGGACGAUGGACUUGAGAACAAUGUCAUGGAUGCCUUUAGUUCUAGCAGUAGUUGUGUCCAUCUUUUUGAUUCAGGACUCGAAUGCUGCCUUCGUUCCUGCUGAUAACUACUUGCUCGCGUGUGGAUCAUCACAAAAUGUGACCUAUAUCGGCCAGACAUAUGUUCCUGAUUCGCUCCAAUCUUCAGCUGCUUUAGAAAAUAAGGAAAAUUCUAUUGCUGCAACAUCCAAUUCUAGUGCUCCGUUUUCGAUCUAUCAGUCAGCCAGAAUUUUCCAUACUACAGCGUUUUACAAGUUUGAUAUUAAGCAAGAAGGCCACCAUUGGAUCCGUCUCUAUUUCUACCCUCUUCCAGGGCACAACUUAACGUCUGCCUCAAUGACAGUGGUCACAGAAAAUUUUGUUCUGUUGAACAAUUUCAGUUUCAAGAGCUAUAAUGGAUCAUACCUUUUUAAGGAAUACAUGAUCAAUGCCAAUUCAGAUAGUUUGAUUCUUGCUUUGAUCCCUUCAAACAACUCCGUUGCAUUUAUCAGUGCCAUUGAAGUUGUAUCAGUACCUGAUGAGUUGAUCCCUGAUCAAGCAGUGGCUGUAUCUCCCGUAGCACCUUUCAGUGGCCUUUCUGGACUAGCCCUCGAAACUGUUUAUCGUCUAAACAUGGGUGGUCCUCAUCUCACUGCUCUGAACGACACCUUGGGAAGAACAUGGGAGAAUGAUGUGAAGUACCUUCACGUCAACAGCUCUGCGGUGAGUGUUUCAGUUAGCCCUUCAAGCAUAAAGUAUCCGGCUACUAUGACUCCUGAAAUAGCACCAAAUUGGGUUUACGCUACUGCUGAAACUAUGGGAGAUGCAAAUGUACCUAAUGUGAAUUUCAAUAUCACUUGGGUGUUCCCUGUUGAUCCGAACUUCAUGUACUUCAUCCGAGUACAUUUUUGUGAUAUUGUGAGUGAAUCUUUGAAUAGUCUUCUGUUCAACCUAUAUGUUAAUGAUGACGCUGCUCUAUUGGACCUAGACUUGUCAAACUUAGCUGGAAAUUUGGACGUACCAUUAUACAAGGAUUUCGUCUCCAAUUCCUCAGUAAACUCAAGUAUUCUGACAGUGAGUGUUGGUCCAGAUACGAGUGCGGAUUGGAUAAAUGCAAUUAUGAAUGGACUGGAAAUCAUGAAGAUUAGCAACGAAGCUAGAAGCUUGAGUGGGGUUCAAUCUGUUGAGACUCUCUUUGUGUUGCCUCACAAAAAGAAAAAGAUUGGUUUAAUAUUUGGUUCUGCCUUAGGAGCAUCAGCUGUUUUGGCGCUUAUUGCGUUGUGUUGUUGCUUUUUUAUAGCUCGAAGAUCAAAGACUUCCAACCAAGGACACUCAUGGAUUCCGUCCUUGUAUGGAAACUCUUUAACUUUGACGAAAACAACAGCUUCUCGGGGAACAGCAAGCUGCAUCUCCUUGGCUUCACCGAAUGUUGGACGAUUUUUUAGUUUCCAAGAAAUAAUGGAUGCAACUAACAAAUUCGACGAGAACUUGCUUCUUGGUGUUGGUGGUUUCGGUAGGGUCUAUAAAGGAACAAUGGAAGAUGGAACUAAACUUGCUGUCAAAAGAGGAAACACAGGAUCUGAACAAGGUCUAGCUGAAUUUCAAACUGAGAUUGAAAUGUUGUCCAAACUUCGCCACCGUCAUCUCGUGUCUUUGAUUGGUUAUUGCGAUGAGAGGUCGGAAAUGAUUCUUGUUUAUGAAUACAUGGCAAAUGGUCCUCUCAGAAGUCAUCUUUAUGGAACAGAUCUGCCACCUCUCUCAUGGAAGCAGCGUCUUGAGAUUUGUAUCGGUGCUGCAAGGGGGCUGCAUUACCUCCAUACAGGUGCAACUCAGAGCAUCAUUCACCGCGAUGUCAAAACCACCAACAUACUUUUGGAUGAUAACUUUGUGGCUAAAGUUGCUGACUUUGGUCUUUCCAAAGCCGGACCGGCUCUUGAUCAGACACAUGUAAGUACUGCUGUGAAGGGUAGCUUUGGGUACCUUGAUCCUGAAUACUUCCGGAGGCAGCAGCUCACGGAGAAAUCAGAUGUCUACUCAUUUGGUGUUGUCCUAAUGGAAGUUCUCUGCACCAGACCAGCAUUGAAUCCGGUCCUUCCACGUGAGCAAGUUAAUAUAGCCGAGUGGGCUAUGAUUUGGCAAAAGAAAGGCAUGUUGGAUCGGAUAAUGGACCCAAAUCUCAAGGGGCAGGUCAACCCAGCUUCCCUGAAAAAGUUCGGUGAGACAGCUGAAAAGUGUUUGGCUGAGUACGGAGUUGAUAGACCUUCAAUGGGAGAUGUGUUAUGGAAUCUAGAAUACGCUCUUCAGCUUGAAGAAGCCUCAUCAGCCUUGACAGAGCCUGAUGAUAACAGUACAAACCAUAUCCCUGGCAUACCAUUAACACCAGUUGAACCAUUCGACAACAGUGUUAGCAAUAUCCAAGGUAUAGUUAACUCAGGAACAGAUGAUGAUGCAGGGGAUGCUGCUACUAGUUCCGUUUUCUCUCAGCUGGUAAAUCCGCGGGGAAGAUGAGAAGAAAUACUCCCUUGUAUACGUGCUUGAGUAUAGUAUUGAAUCAAAUUUUCCCUCUACUAAAAUGUUUUUGAGUGUGUAUUGUAUAUGAUUGAUGUACUAGCGUAUACGAUGAAAUUCAUCGUUCAAAUACUGCAAGUUGCAGUAUUGUUUCCAUUGUUAGGUGAUACAUUGCCCUCUUUAUCUGAUAGAUAGUCAUGAAUAUGUAUUUGUAAAAGCACUAUAAUUGUAUCCAUUCAUAGAUAAUAAAUAUUAAGCAUAUGUUGCCAUCUCUUCUGUUUGUUACUCCCUU